GCGAAAGUAAAGAGAAUGAGAGAAUAUCAUUAUGAAUAGAAAACAAUCCAUAAUAGGCCUAAUCAAAAGACGUUUAAAAUCAGCUGGUUUUGGGGGCAUUUGACAGUUCCCCUAUGAAAUGACAGUUCUGCGUUUGCACCUUUGUUCGGCAGUUGUAAGCAGUGGUAUAAAUAAAAAGGCCUAUGAUAUCUCGAAGAUACUCUGAUGUGGAACUGGUAGUGCUGGCAUUUUUUGAAUCCUUCGUUGUUCAGAUGACUAAAUGAAACAAUGAAAUCGAUCCCGGUUUUCAGUGUUAUCCUGGUUGCACGACUUCUGUCGGCUAAAUUUUUACACAUCACCGAUUGCGAUGAAACGUACAACUAUUGGGAACCGUUGCACUAUUUGCUAUUUGGGAAAGGAAUGCAAACCUGGGAGUAUAGUCCUGAAUAUGGCCUUAGGUCGUACCUGUAUUUGAUACUUCAUGCUGUUCCGGCAUGGAUAAUGCAGAAGGUGGCAAACUGGGAUGCAGUUACCCUGUUUUACUGCAUUCGUUGUGUUCUGGCGGUUGUCUGUGCCAUGUUGGAGACGAUAAUGUACAGAUCCAUACAUCAACAGUUCGGUUCUCUGAUAUCAAAGCUUUGGCUCAUUUUCCAAGUAUUUAGUCCAGGAAUGUACAUAUCGAGCACUGCAUUUUUACCAAGCUCCUUUUCAAUGCUUUUAACAAUAGCAUUCAUUUCAACCUGGUGGCAAAAACAGUACAAGCUAGCAAUUUUAAGCAUUGUUGUUUCAACGUUCAUUGGUUGGCCAUUUGCAGCGCUGGUCAGUUUGCCUUUUGUCUAUACAGUGUUAGUUCAGAAACGACUGUUCAAAAUGUUUUUCUGUUGGAGCUUUCUGUUCGCAGCUUCCGUAGCAGUUCCUCUAGCGCUGGUCGAUUCGUAUAUCUACGGAAAGCUAACAUUCGCUCCUCUGAACAUUGUCUUGUACAACAUUUUCUCGAAGCAUGGACCAAACUUGUUCGGAGUGGAAUCCAAGUAUUUCUACUUUAUCAACCUGUUCCUGAAUUUCAACGUCGUUUGGUGCCUGGCACUUAUUUGUCCGGUCUUCAUAUUUAUGAAGUACGUGCUACAAAAGUUGAACAAGUCGAAAGUGUCUUCAACUGAUGCCUUGCGGAAACUGUUGCCUCUGUAUAUUUGGUUGCUGGUGUUCUUCAUGCAGCCACAUAAAGAAGAAAGAUUCAUUUUUCCCGUUUACCCAUUGGUUUCCCUGUGCGGUGCGGUAGCGUUGUCAACUUUCCUGCAAAUCAAUGAUCUCGUACUGCAACGAUGCGGCAAACCAGCCUUACGAAUUGCUCGUCGCCUGAUUAUGUACGGAGUAACGACCGGUUUUAUCCUACUCAGUUUGUCCAGAUUGUACGCAUUGUACGCCAACUACCAUGCUCCCAUGGAAAUCAGCUCGAGUUUGGACGUAGCACCUGUGGCGAGAAACGUAUGUCUAGGCAAAGAGUGGCAUCGAUUCCCCGGGAGUUUUUUCAUACCGUCUAACUAUAGGUUGAGAUUUGUGCCGUCGCAUUUCGGAGGGCUUCUUCCGGCAUACUUUGACGAAAGCGGAUUCGGCACCACCAUAGUGCACAACUAUUUCAACAACAUGAACCAGCCUAAUAGGCACAUGUUGUUUGAGCUUUCCCGGUGCGAUUACUUGAUAGACUUUGAUAAUGGUGGAAAGUAUGUAGAAGGUGAUAGUGAGCCAAACUAUUCCAAAGAUAGCGGAACGUGGACGAUAGUGAAGAGUGUACCGUUCUUAGAUGCAUCAGCUUCGCAUAGCUUGUAUAGGGCAUUUUAUGUGCCAUACGUCGGAGAACGAUAUGUUAAAUUCGGUAGUUAUAAUCUAUUAGAACGGAAAAAAUAGAUGAAACGAGGGACUUUCAACAUAA